UUUAAUUUGUUAUUACUUACGGUGAAGCAAGCAAGUCAGUAUGAAAAUUUUGUUAUUUUUGGUAGGUUUUUUAAUUGCAACAGUAGCAGCUGAAGAAAAAUAUACUAGUAAAUACGAUUCUAUCGAUUAUCGUUCGAUAUUGGCUAGCGAGAGGUUGUUAAAACAUUAUUAUGAUUGUUUGAUGGAUGUAGGGCCGUGUACACCCGAUGGAAAAGAAUUGAAAAGUGUUAUAUCAGACGCAUUGAAAACGGAAUGUAUAAAAUGCACAGAAAAACAAAAAGAAGGUGCGAAAGAAGUAAUCGAAUUUUUGGUCAAGAAUAAAGUCGACUGGUGGAAUAAUAUGUUGAAUAAAUACGAUCCUGAUGGAAUUUACAAGGCAAAAUAUCAAGAUGAAUGGAGGAAGAUGGGUUAUCCAUUCUAAAGAUAUGUGAUUGUAAUAAAAUUUAAACAUGAAGUUUACACAUUAUUUUUUUUUAAUUGUGGGUGAUGUAAAUUAAUGUAAUUUUUAUGUAAUAUACUUAACCUAAUAAAAGUCUUGGGAUAAUAA